AAAGUAGAUUUGUUAGUGUUGAUCAUAAGGUCAUCCAGGGCUUCUUAAUCAAACCCUGGUGCUAAGAAUAAGAUUGCAGGUAGCUUCUUAGUCUCAUCCCUAAUUGCAAGUUCUAACAUUGUCUUUAGAGAAGGCAAUAUGGUCAAGGACAGCCUCGACAAACUUGCUCUUGAUCUUGAGAAGAUCCAGUUUUUGGAAGAGCCUCCUGAUGGCAUCUCAUUUUUGCUUCUUGCGGAUAUGUAUGGGGUUGUAUAUCCCAGUUAUCCCACCACCACCAGAGGCUCCAAAUCACUAGGGCUACAAGUCAUUUCCGCUUCCACCGUGGGUGUUCCAGCUCUUGCCCAAGAUCUCUUUUACUUUGAAAUCACCUCCCAGGUUCCUGAAGAGCUCAGCAAGCAUGUUCUGUCAUCAAAUGAGGCUCAGGCUAACUGGUAUAGAAAGCUGCUGGAGGCAUGGAAAAACGCAAAACUCCCACCAAAAACAACAGAAGAAGCUGCUAGGCUUGUCACCCAAACCUUGAAGAAGAAUCAACAGGCAGAUGUUGAGGGAUUAUUAGCAUUUUAUGGUCUUGAUCUCAAGGAGAUCCAGUUUUUCAAAGAGCCUCCUGAGGGUGUUUCUCUUUUGCUUCUUGUGGAUAUGCAUGGGAUAGUUUAUCCAAGGUUCUUAUAUGGGCAUUGGUUCAAUCCCAACGCCACCAGAGACUCUGAAUUAGUAUGGCCUCUAGUUGUCUCCGGUCCUGCUGUGGGUGUUCCAGUUCUUGCCCAAGAUCUCUUUUACUUUGAAAUCACCUCCCAGGUUCCUGAAGUUCUCGGCAAGCAUGUUGUGUCAUCCAAUAAGGCUCAGACUAACUGGUAUAGAGAGCUGCUAGAGGCAUGGAAAGAAGCAAAACCCCCACCAAAAACAACAGAAGAAGCUGCUAGGCUUGUCAUCCAAACCUUGAAGAAGAAUCAACAGGCAGAAGUUGAGGGAUUAUUGGCAUUCUAUGGUCUUGGUCUUGAAGUGAUCCCCUUUUUUGAAGAGCCUCUUGAUGGCACCUCCCUUCUGCUCCUUGUUGAUAUGCAUGGGAUUGUGUAUCCCAGGUUCUUAUAUGGGCAUUGCUUCAGUUCUGCCACCAUAGGAAACUCUGAAUCACUUGGGCCCCAAGUUGUCUCCUCUUCCACUGUGGGUGUUCCAGCUCUUGCCAAAGAUCUGUUUUACUUUGAAAUCACUUCUGAGGUACCUAAGGGGCUCCACAAGCAUGUUGUGUCAUCCAAAAAGGCUCAGGCUAAAUGGUAUAGAAAGCUGCUAGAGGCAUGGAAAGAAGCAAAGCCCCCACCAAAAACAACAGAAGAAGCUGCUAGGCUUGUCAGCCAGACUUUUAAGAAGAAUCAACAUGCAGUUGUUGUGGGAUUAUUGGCAUUCUAUGGUCUUGAUCUCAAGGGGAUCCAGUUUUUUGAAGAGCCUCCUGGUGACAUCUCUCUUUUUCUCCUUGUAGAUCUGCAUGGGAUUGUUUAUCCCAGGUUCCUAUAUGGGCAUUGCUUCAAUUCCACCAUCACCAAAGACUCUGAAACAUUACGGCCCCAAAUCAUCUCAGGCCCUGCUUUGGGUGUUUCCGCGCUUGCCCAAGAUCUCUUUUACUUUGAAAUCACCUCCCAGGUUCCUGAAGGGCUCGGCAACCAUGUUGUGUCAUCCAAUAAUGCUCGGGCUUACUGCUAUAGAAGUCAGAAGAGGUAUAGAAAGCUGCUAGAGGCAUGGAAACAAGCAAAGUCCCCACCAAAAACAAGAGAAGAAGCUGCUAGGCUUGUCAUCCUGACCUUGAAGAAGAAUCGACAGGCAGAUGUUGAGGGAUUGUUGGCAUUCUAUGGCCUUCCUCUUCCUCAUGCUUUAAUCCAACUUUCUACUGAAAUUCAUACAUCAUGGCCUGAAGGAGUUCAAUUUGAGCUCCAUACUUUACCUGUGCAUGCAAAAGCUGUUGGGGAUGGGGAUGGGAUGACAGUUUACGUGAGCACUGCUGAUCCUCGAGAAUCAGGAAGCAUUCCUAGUGCGGUAUUAUUGGCAGCUGCUCAGAGAUCAAAGGCACGUGCUGGGAAGGAUUAUACAACAGCAGAUGCACUUCACCUGAAGAUUACUGAUUCAGGAUACAGAGUCAUUAAUCAUCAAAAUCAGGAGAUCCUAGCUCGAAAGUAUCGCCUUCGUCUAAUGGGUAUAGAUGCGCCGGAGAUGUCAAUGCCAUAUGGAGAUGAGGCAAAAGAAGAGCUGGUUAACCUUGUUCAGGGAAAGUGUUUAAGAGUGCUGGUCUAUGGGGAAGAUAAAUAUGGGCGCACCAUUGGUGAUGUCUACUGCAAUGGCAUUUUUGUCCAGGAAGAAAUGCUAAAGAAAGGGUUUGCUUGGCAUCACAAAGUCUAUGAUAAACGCCCGGAAUUUGCUGCUUGGGAAAAGGAAGCUCAAGCAAAGCAAGUUGGCUUGUGGGCUUCUCCAAACCCUGAGAAGCCAUGGGAAUGGAAGCAAAACAAUAAACGAGAAGACAGCUAAUAUAUAUUAUCCUGAUGGAACAUAAAUAGCGGCAAAAUAGAGGAAGAGAAAGGAAAGUGGUCUCUUUUGUAAAAAAAAAAACAGAAAAAAAAGUAGUGUGUUGUAAAUUAUGCAUUAUAAAAACCACUUUAAGUAAUGUAUAGAUUUGAUAGGCCUUGAGAAUUUUGGCGUAUGGGGAAGACCGUUACGGUUGUGUGGAUGAUGCCUAUUGCAACGGUGGAUUUGUAAUGCUCAAGAAAGUGCCUGCAUGGCAUUACUCUGCCCACGGCCACAGCUUGAAAACGUGAGUAAUCAAUAGUAAACUACCCUUGUUUAAGUAUGAGAAUUAUUUUUACAAUCUAUAUUAUAUUAAAUUGCAAACUAUAAACUGUUAGACAGGAGGAGGAUUUCUAAUGACAAGGGUUUAUUCUCAUCUAAUGCUUCUAUUUGUGUGAUUUAAUAUAGUUCAAAUCGCAUA